AUGUGGACGACAUGGUAUGUGGCUGCCCUGUCCAUGGCAGCAGUGUGUGGUAUCCGCCAAGAGACAAAUACUGUCCUCAGGGUUACCAAAGACGUGCUGAGCAAUGGUGUGGGUGGUGGCCGACACCAUUACGAUGACUACAGACGCGUUGAAUUUCCCCGAGGUGUUGGUGGUGUUCCCUACAAUGACUUCCAUGUCCGAGAGCCACCCCCCAAAUAUGCCAACGGCAAACAACUUGGUGGUAAUUACAAGUAUGGUCACAUCGAGGCCAACGAUAACGCUGCUCAGCUGGGGGGCAAAUACCGAUAUGGAGAGAUCCUUGAGUCGGAUGGAAGCAUCAGGGACCUCCGAAAUGGUGACUACCGCAAUGCUGAGAAUGCAUAUGGUGGCCACAGGGGCAAUGGACGGUAUAGAUCAGCAGAAGGCACACCAAUCGUGGGCAGGCUUCACCGGCGAGAGCUGCGGCCUGGAGAAAUUCCCCCUGGUGUGGCCACUGGGGCGCUAGGCCCUGGUGGUGUGCUGGGCAGUGGGGGCAUACUGGCGUCUAAUGGCAUCCUGGCAGGCCAAGGUGGCCUGCUCGGCGGGGGAGGUCUCCUCGGUGACGGAGGACUUCUCGGAGGAGGGGGUGUCCUGGGCGUGCUCGGCGAGGGCGGCAUCCUCAGCACCGUGCAGGGCAUCACAGGUCUUAUUGGCUUCCUGGACAUCGCUGUAGAGGUGAACAUCACGGCCAAGGUCCGGCUGACCAUGGACCGCACGGGUUAUCCGCGGCUGGUCAUUGAGAGAUGUGACACCCUCCUGGGAGGCAUUAAAGUUAAGCUGCUGAGAGGCCUUCUUCCCAACCUCGUGGACAACUUAGUGAAUAGAGUCCUGGCCAAUGUCCUCCCUGAUUUGCUCUGCCCUAUUGUGGAUGUGGUACUGGGUCUUGUCAACGACCAGCUGGGUCUUGUGGACUCUCUGAUUCCUCUGGGGAUAUUGGGAAGUGUCCAGUACACCUUCUCCAGUCUCCCGCUUGUGACUGGGGAAUUCCUGGAGCUAGAUCUCAAUACUCUAGUUGGGGAGGCUGGAGGAGACCUCAUUGACUACCCACUGGGGCGGCCAGCUACGGCUCCCAGGCCGAAGAUGCCAGAGCUGCCCCCCAUGGGCGAAAACACCAACUCCCAACUGGCCAUUUCUGCUAACUUCCUGGGCUCAGUGUUAACUCUCCUGCAGAAGCAAGGGGCACUGGAUAUUGACAUCACUGAUGGCAUGUUUGAAGAGCUCCCUCCACUCACUACAUCCACUCUGGGGGCGCUGAUCCCUAAGGUGUUCCAGCAGUACCCUGAGUCCCGCCCACUCACCAUCAAGAUCCAGGUGCCAAACCCUCCAUCGGUGACACUGCAGAAGGACGAGGCGCUGGUGAAGGUGUUUGCCACGGCCGAGGUCGUGGUCUCUCAGCCCAAUGAUGUUGUGACCACCAUUUGCCUCAUUGAUGUGACUCUUUUCUUUCUCUGCAGGACCAGCCUCAACCUUAGAACCUCAAACGUGGGCAACUUUGAUGUUGGCCUCAUGGAGGUGCUUGUUGGGAAGAUUUUCGACCUGGCAUUUAUGCCUGCAAUGAAUGCUGUGUUGGGGUCUGGAGUCCCUCUUCCCAAAAUCCUCAACAUUGACUUCAACAAUGCAGACAUCGAUGUCUUGGAGGACCUUCUGGUGCUGAGUGCGUGA